AAAUUUAUGGAAAUCUGCAUUCAUUUUAUAGUGUAUCUGGUUUUGGUAGAGGCCAGAUAGGUUAAGUGGAUACGGAUAUAAAAAGACUACCAUCCCCUGCAACUUUCAAGUGUUUUGUCAUGGUAGUGAUCAAUUCCAUUCCUUGGAGAAUGUGAUUAUUAUUUUUCAAUCAUUGUUGCCAGUGGAGGAGAAUUUCACAGGCUUCCCCUUGGUUCUGCUCUAAUAAUGUCCCUGACUCUACAGGUCAGGAAGAAAGUGAGAGUCCUGCCAGCUGCCAUGUGUGUCCAUUACACAUUCAAGAAGAGGCAAUAAAGGCAAACUGAUUAGAUCCACCUUGGGAUGGACAUGAGUCAAAACUCUAGGUAGCAUCUGACCUUCAAAACUCCCUCUGCAGGCUGGGUAUGAUGGCUCAUGCCCACAGUCCCCGCACUUUUGGAGGCGGAGGUGGGAAUAUCUCUUGAGGCCCGGAGUUGCAGACCACCUUGGGCUACACAGUGACAGCCUGUCUGUACAAAAACUAAAAAACAGAAAAAACAACAACAAGAAAUUAGUUUGGCAUGGUGGUACUCACCUGUAGUCCCAGUUACCCAGGAAGACGAGACAGGAGACUCCUUUGGACCUAUAACCAAUAUGCGAGUCCGUUGCCGCAUGCAGUGUCCAGUUAACAAAAGUGAGGUCUGGUACAAAAGUAAUGAAUUUAUUCCAAACCUAGCUUGGGGAAGGAGCACAAAGUGUCUUGCCUUUAAGUGUACCACUUCACCUUUGGAGCAGAAAGCAGACACUUUUAUAAGGUAAGGAGGGAUACUGAGCAAGGUUAGAGGGUCCUCAUGCAGGCUUGGUGCCUUAUCUAUCAGGCAAUUGAAUUGGUGCCUUCCUGUGCAGAAGUAAGUUGUAAAAGUGGCCAGGUGGGUAUGCUUUCAAUAUGCCCUUCUGUUGGGUGAAAGUCCUCAGGCAACUCCCAGAGUGGAGCACAGCCUGGAAGUUCCAAGUCCAUUUCCUGGAGGUAAACAUUCCUUGGUGGGUGUGCUUUGGUCUGCAAAUUGACUGUCAAUUCUCAGGAGAGAUCUGUCUUGCUGCACAUAGUUAGAAGAACGUGCCCUGCAGGGAAUGUCUAGUGAGCGGGGGUGAAAGGUUAUAUUUGCAUUUAUGAAGGGCUAAGCAGGAAACAGGGAACAAAAGGAAAGGGGAGAUAAGAGAAAAUAAUAAUAAUAAAAAAGUAACUCAUUCCCUGUUUCUUAGAAAAAAUGGGGCACUCUGUUACAAACCCAGGAAUUCAAGGCUGUAGUGAGUUAUGAUUUGCCACUGUACUACAUACCUCCAAAGUGAAGGAUUGAGACUGUGUAUCUAAAAAACCCAAAUGCAAAUAACACACACACAAAAAGAAAAUUUUAAAAAUCUCCCACUUCAUCUCAUGGACUGCAGUGUCUUUUGAGUACCCAGAUAUUACUGUUAGUUCAGGCUCUGUUGGAGUGGCCAAUAUCUGGUUUACUGGAGGCAAUUUGGUAUGAGUCUGCAGCAACUUCAAGUCUGACCUCCUCAGAAGAAAGAAUUCAACUGAGCGGCAUAAGGCGGAAAAAGAGACUGAGGGAAGUUUCUGAGCAGCAAUGGAAGUUUAUUAAAAAGAUUUAGAGCAGGAAAGAAAGGAAAGUACACUUGGAAGAGACCACAGUGGGCAUUUUGGAGGUCAAGUGCAGUGUUAGACCUUUGACUUGUGGUUUUAUAUGUUGGUAUACUUCUGGGGUCUUGUGUUCCUUUUCCCACGAUUCUUCCCUUAGGGUCUUGUGUUCCUUUUCCCAUGAUUCAGCCCCUUAGGGUGGGCUGCUCACAUGCAUGGUAGCUUGCUAACACUUUAGAGGUGAGCAUGCGCAGUGUGUUUACUGGAGUUGUACACAUGCUUGCCUGAGGCAUUCUUCCCUUUUUUGGUGGAAUGCCCCCAGAAGGUUGUUUUCUACCGUUUUCUCUCUUAACACGCAUGCCUCAGCCUACUCACCCUAUUCCUGAGCUGCCGACUAGCAAUUUUAAGCAUCUUUACUUAUUGUGAAAUUGCCUCUCCCUGGUGCCUGUGAGCAAUUAUCAUUUUUAGAGAGGCAAUGUGACAACUGCCAGGCCAUCACCUGAUGGCCACCUGACAUUCCUGGUGGGUGGUGAGAGCCUUCUUCUGCCCCGCUCAUGCCUGACUAUCUACUGUAAGAGCCCUAUACCUAAAAGUCUCAGAUGGUGUGGAUGUGUGUCCUUUCCUCUGGGUACUGUUACCUGGGAAAUGGCUACAGGUCUUUGAGAAAGCACCGUAUGAAUACGUCCUGAAUAUUCUUGUGGUGAAUUUUCAGCAUCCUUUUCAAGGGGACUUACACUUUCCUUCAAUUAUUGAAUUCUUGUUCUCGGAAUUGGUUCAGUCCUGACAACAGGUUGAGGUUCUUUGAUUUUCCACUUCAAAGGCUGACCUCAGGAAUCAGUUUUUCAGCCUUUGAAGUGAAAAGGCUUGCUCUUGGUUUAUAAGUAUUUAUCAAGGUAUGAAGCCUCUUUAACUAUUGGCUUAUGAACUCAUUCCAAGAAGCUGAUGCUGUCAUCAGUUCAUCGAUUCUGACAUUUGCAAGAUCACCAGAGAGUCUAUGUUCCCAAGGUUAGUCAUCAUGUUGCAUGCUCUAUUAGCCGCAUUGAACUUAGUUUAUUUAGAUUUCAGGAUGCUGCCCUCUCAUGAUUUUAUCCUUGUCCACUGGGCACUACUUCUCAAUCUCCUUUGCUAGUUCUCUUUUGUCUCUAAACUGAAAAUAUCAGACUGCCCAAGGUCUCAAUUCUUCAAUCUCUACAGUGAUGCCUGUUGUGUUGGUGAUCUCAUGUAAUCUCUUUACUGACAAUGUAGCCAAGUGAUUCAACAGACAGGAAUAAGGCUGAUUAUCCAUUUAUAUUAUUUAUUUAUUCACACAUGUUGGCAUAUAGCACAUUAUGUAAAUAUUUUUCCUUCAAAUGUCAAAUGUACAUUUUGAAGUAACAGUACCAGGGUGGGUGCUGUGGCUUAAGCCUGUAAUUGAGCACCUUGGGAGGCUUAGGCAGGCAGAUUUCUUGAGCCCAAUUAUUGGAGACCAACCUGGGAAACAUGGUGAAACCCAGUCUCUAGUAAAAAUACAACAAUUAGCCAGGUAUAGUGGUGUCCACCUGUAGUCCUAGCUACUUGGGAGGCCAAGGUGGGAAACAGAUUGAGGCUGGGAGCUAUAGAUUGCAGUUAGCCAAUCUCAAACCACUGCACCCCAGUUUAGGCUCCAGAGUGAGACCAUGUCUCAAAAAAUAAAAAUCUAGGGAGAAUCAAUAAUAUUUUUGCUUGAAUUUCCACUAAAUGAGAUUGAGGGUAGCCCAGCAUCUAAUUUAGUUUUAUUUAAAAUAGUAAUUUUAAUAUCAAUAGAUUGAUAGGCAGGGGAUUAUUAUUAUUAUAGACAUAAUGAUCUAAGUAGAGAAAUACACAGAUAGAAUUAUGGUUGAUUAACCCACUUGUAUUACUUGCAAUUGUACAGUUAGUAUGUUUUAGUAUCUUAGUUACUAAUCUCACUUUUUACAUUUAGCUCUAUAAUCAAUUAAAUAUGAGUUAUUUUUUGUGUAUGGUGUGAAAUAAGAAUAGAAAUUUAUGCAUGUGGAUAUUCAAUGUUCUCAGUAUCAUUUGUUGAAAAAAUGAUUAAUUCCUAUUGAACUGCAAUGGUACCAUUUUUGAAAUCAAUUACCAUCAAUGUCAGUGUUAAUUUCUGGACUCUCAGUUGUGUUUCAUUGUUCUUUUGUCUACUGUAAUGCCAGUACCACAGAAUCCUGAUUAGUGCAGCUUUGUAGUUAGCUUUUAAACCAGAAAGUGUAAUCCUCCAAAUGUGUUAUUUUAUCAAGAUUUAUUUUGGUGAUCUGGUCACUGGGUAUUUUCAGAUAUAUUUUAGGACUGGUUUUUCACUUUUUGCAAAACAGGCUUGUUGGGAUUUGAUAGGGAUUGCACUGAGUAUAUAAGUUGACCCUUCACCUACAAAGACUCUCCUUGUGCUGGAUUUCAGUUCAGCUGGCCCUCCUUGCUUGUACAACUCUGUGAUGAAUUGAAUAUAUAAUUUUGGACUUUUAUUACUCUUAUCCUAGUUGUUGCAGAAGGAUAUCUUGCCUUUCUGAACCUUCUGUAUUCUGCUCAAAAAUGGAAGUUCUCGGCUAGAUGCAGUUCACACCUGUAUCCAAGCAUUUUGGGAGACCAAGGUGGGAAGAUCGCAUGAGCCCAUGUUUUCAAGACCAUACUGGGCAACAUAGGGAGACCCCAUUUCUACAGAAAAACUGAAAAAUUAGCUGGCUGUGUUGGUGCACACCCAUAGUCACAGCUACUUCAGAAGCUGAGGUGGGAGGAUCUCUUGAGCCCGGGAGUACAAAGCUGAAGUGAACUACCACUGCACUCCAGCCUAGGCGACAGAGCAACAUCCUUUCUCAAAACAAAAAAGGAAAAGUGGAAGUUUUCACUGGUAUCUUUUAAAUAUCAAGUAACACAGAAUCGAAAGAAUAACUAAUAAUCCUCGGUUCCUGCCUGCACUGAACAUGUAAAAUUGAAAGCAGUUAUACAUAUACUAUACUAGCACCUCAUAAGGACUACCCAGAGUAUUAUUAUCAUCUGUGUUUUAUAGAUAAUUAUACUGAGGUAGAGACAAUUUGUAAAAUGGAGUCUCAGAUCAUAGCUAUAUAAAGCAGAAAAUCUGGCUUCCUGUCCUGGCAGACUGACUCCAAGAUCUUCUCUUAGAAACAAUUAUACUAUAACAACUGGAGAGAAAUAAUAUCCAAUAUUGAAGACCGAUUUUUAACAUCUAUUCAUCUUAAACCAUUAAAUAAUAAAAAAUACAUUAGAGAAAAAUAAAAGUGAAAAUUUACAUACAGAGAAGUGUAGGCUCUUCAAUGGAAUACACAUGUUUUUUAAGUGCCCAAGGAAUAUUUACAAAAUUGCUAAAUAUUUUAAUUAAACAAUUCAUAUUUAAAUAUUAACUAGACUCAAAAUGACUUACUCAAAAGCCUAAGCAUGAGACACAAGUUUAUAAAUAUUGAAAAUGGGCUGAAAACAUGAUUGGGAAAUUAGGGCUAUUUCAACUUGGAUGACCUGCCUGAAAUUCAUUUUCCAUUUUGGAAAUUAUAGGACAAUAAUUCCUCCCAUCCAUGAGGAGCACGUAUGUGUGUGGGCACAUAAGUUUGUGUUAAUGAGCUUGUUAAGAAUAAAGUUAUACAAAAGUAUUAGUUAGCAGCAACCAGAUUUUAAGGAAUGUUGGCCUUCCUGGGCUUCCCAAGAAAACCUUGGAGUCUUUUAAUAAGAAAACUUUGGAUUCUGUCUACAUAAAUCUGACAUUGAAAAAAUAAAUUCACAGUGGUCAUGAUUCUGGUUAUGACCAAGUUCCAUAUGACAGUUUAGACAUCCAAUGUAGGAAUUACGUGUUGGGUUUUAAAAUUUCCAUAACAACUGACAUUGCUGAACACAAAUUAUGGAGAGGUUAAACAAGGAAAAAUAUUGCAAAACAAUGAAGGAGAAUAUGUCUGUAUUUGCAUUCUAGCAAAUGAGAAUUCACCUUUCACUUCAACAACAGCAUGAAAAAUUUCAUCUUAUAGCCAGGACAUAGUGUUUGAAUAGAAAUUUAAUUGAGCUGUUUUGGGAAUUAUUGUGUUCUCCAUAAAGACAGCCUCAAACUCAUCCAUUAGCACACCCUGGUGCUUUCCUGUUUGACACUGGUCAGGGAAUGUAAAAGGAAAAAGAACAUUACUGCACAUUCAGAAAUCAGGUGCACAUAGAAUUUAAGGUCAGGACCUUACAGAGAAUCUUGUCCAGUGAUAUUAGGCCUGCCUUAAAAAAAUUCAGACAUGGUAUGUUUAUUACCAAUCUUUUUUUGUGCAGUAAUGGUGGAAUUUAUUUUUUCCUGUGGACACCUACGUUAAACUUAUAGACUACUUUUACAUUUUAACAUUUUUUUCCUUUGAGUUCUUUUAGGAGUUGUUAAACAAUCCUGAAAUUUCCCUUACAAUAUGCUACAAACUAAUCAUAAUUUCUCAAAUUCAUUUGACAUAAUGAUUGAUUAAAGAAAUAUGUGUAGUAUAAUUACACCUGCUCAUAACAAGAGUAUUUGAAACUUCAAGAAAAAAUAGAGAAAUUAAUAAAUAUGAAUAAAUAUAUGGAAUAUAUAAUUCAUUCUUAAUAAAUGUGCAUGAAAUCAUAGUCAUGUAAUUAAAAAGCAACAUAAUUUUUUGAACUAAAAAUACAUUCUGAAUUAUAAUAGAAAAAUGUUUCUAAAAUGUUAACUUUAAUAAUAGUGUAUGUAAAUAUCAGUGUAAAAUUUAAUCUGAUGUUACUAAUUUUGGAAAGGAUAUGACACAAUAGAAAUUUUCAUACACUACUCUUAGGAUUAUAAAGUACAAUUACUUUGGCUGAAUAUGGCAUUACCUGAUUAAGGUGAAGUAUUUUUUAUUGUACCACAUUUUAGAAUGUGGUAAAAUAAAACAAUAUCAAGUAAAUCAUUGGGAAUGUGUUGGUUUUAAGUUAUUCUUGAUGAAAUAUUACCUGAGGGUGUUUGUCUAGGCCUGAUACUGAGAAUAAUAUAAGAAUUAUAAGGCCAUGAAGAAAAAUUAAAAUAGUGUUCUCCCAUCGCCCUGAAUUCCAGCACUUAGGAAACAUGAUUGAAGUCACAUUUACAGAAUAAAAUAGUCCCUUUUAGCUGACAUCAACAUCAUCAUCAAUCAUCUACACCUAUCUCAUUAAAUGAUUUAUUUUUCAUUGUACAUGAUUUUGAUAAUGUCUAAGACAUUUUUAAAAGAUUAUCAUUUUGGGAAAUUUGCAUUAGUAAAAGCAAAGUUCAAGUCAAGCUGAAUACAUUUAGAUUUAGAAAUUAAGUGAAGUUUAGUUUAAAAUGCAUUGCUUAAGCAAGUAAUUGUAGAUGACCUUAAACUAAUCCAUUGAAGGCUAUAAGAAAGAGUUUGAUUUUAGUGUAAAUAAAAUUCCUUAAUUAGAAAGGCAAUUAAACUGUUUCAUGAUCAAGCUCUUAUUCCUAAAGAGAGGAUUUUAGAUUAAAUAAAUCAAACAGAAGGAAGCCCUCACAUCUUCUCUAUCUCGCUUGGGUAAUGAUGGAGUUCAAAGUCACAGAGCCCCAUUUCUACAACAUAAACAAAGUAAAAAUUAGUUCAUAAAAUAGAAUGAUGUAGUUGUGGUUUAGGGACUAUUUUUUAUUUAUUGGAAUUGCAUUUUGAGAUCCAAAGCUGCUUAUUGAAUUUCCAUAUGAGGAGAGUUUGUGUGAGGACCCAGCAACAGACAAGCUGUUUUCCAGAAAAAGCUACUCACAUCAAAUUAAUAUCCGGUUUCUUUAAAAUUGCAGGAACAUGGCUAGACCAAGCUUUUAUUCUAUUAUCUGACCAGAGUUGGGAAUAGAAGAAAAUUGUUACUAUUUUCAUGGCUAGAGUACUAACAACUCCAGAAAAAUACAAGGCUGGAGGGUAAGAGACAUUGACGCUAUGGUCAGAAUAUCUAACAUACUUCUGGAGUUCUGGAGGAUUAGAGAUGAGAAAUGGGGCAAAAGCAAUGUUUGGGAAAUUUUUCCAAAAAUGAUGAAAUGUAUAUAUUUCCAUCUCUAUAUAUUUAGGGGCCAUCAAAUUUUGGACAAGAUAACUAAAAAAUUUAAAAUAAAAUGACACAGGACAUCAAAGACCAAUAGAAAAUCUGAAAAGUAGCUAGAGGUGAAAGGUAGAUUAUGUUAAAAAGAGCCACAUUCUAAAUAACAAACUGAUUUUCAACAGAAAAUAUGAAAGCGGGAAUUCAAUGGAAUCAUAUCUUCAGUGUGUUUCCAAGGAACAGUAGACUUUCACAGACAGAAAUUAAAAAUGAUAUUUUUUCAGAUAAAAUAUAAACUACCAAAAAUACAAAAUUGAGCAUGCAAGAAGGAAUAAAAAUUAAUGAAAAUGAUAAAUAUGUGCAUAAUUAUAAAUGAAUGUUUACUAUCUAAAAUAAUAGUAUCUUGUUGGACUAAAUGUGUAAUUGAUAAAGAUAUAUGCAAAUAGUAAUAAAGAGACUGGAGUUACAGAAAUAAAUUUAGUUAAAGUAUUUUUUGGACUUUUCUAUGUCUGUGGGCAGAAUUUGCACAUCUUAAUCCAGGACCCUAUAACUCUACACCUAGGCAUAUAUGCAAAGGAAUUGUAGCAAAUGUAUAUGAAAGAAUGCUCAUAGUAGCAUUAUUCAUAAUAGUUCAUAAAAGAAGCUGUCUAAAUAUAUAUCAACUAAGGAUAGAUAAUUAUAGUAAAUUCAUAAAAUUAAACAAUAUAGAGAAAUGAAAAGAAAUAAAUCACAUGUACAUGCAUCUGUCUGAUUAAAUUUCAGAUUCAUAAUGUUAAGUCCAGGAAGCCAUGAAUAAGAACAUAUAGGAUUGCACCUAUACACAGUUCAAAGCAGGCCAAACCAAGCUAUUGAGUUUAGGGUUGCAUACCUUGUUGAUAAAGUAUAAAGAAAAUCAAGGAAAUGAGCAUCACAAAUUAUGGAUAUUGCUUACCUCAGGAGAUAUGAAAAAAGGUAUAGAGGCUUGGAAAGUGUCAUGGAGGUGGAACUAGGCUGUUGGCAGUGUUCCUUGUCUUGCCCUACAUGAUGGUUACUCGACUGUUUAUGAUACAUUGCUCUAUUUCCCAGUUUUCCAGUUUUGUUUUGGCACAUUUCUAUGUAUGCAUUAUAAUUUUAAUAUAAAAAUUUUGAAUUAGGAGAAAUAUCUCAUAGAAAUUAUUAAUCUUCUCAUUACGUACUAAGGGGAAAAUAAACUAUUUAUAUGCAUUCUUAUACAACUCUAGAGAGUUGAAGUAGAAACUUUCUUAUUUUAGUUACAACUUGUAGAAAUUUGACAUCAUGUCACCUGCCAACCCCGUAUUUUUCCGUAGCUUUAUUUCAGUUUUUUUCUUUCAGCUUUAAUUAUGCACCUCACAUGACAAAACUUUGAUAUUCCUCAUCUAUUUUUCCCUUGGCUUCGGGAUUCUUGACACAACAAGGGUGGACAUAUUUCCCACUCUCUUGGCUUAGCAAAGUAUUUCUAUCAGUUAGCAUCAUUUUAAAAAGAAACUUCUCCAAAACUACAUUAGAUAUUUAUAUCUCACAUGUCUUUAGAUUCCAUUUUCCUAAGCUGGGUUUGGGUGGAUCACUCUGGUAAUUUGAGAUGGGCCAUGUUCUGCAUCUUGAAGUUAGAGUUUGGCCAAUUUAGGCUAGAUCUGGAGGGGGUGAUCUCAUUCUCAUUCUGCUUCUAGGAAUGGUGUACUAGUGUGGGGAUGUGCUUGUGGUAAAUGGAGAAGAGCAAGAAACUCCAAUGUGGAAGCCAUCUCAAAGAUAUAUACAAAGUUUACUAAUUUCCAGUUCAUCAAAGCAAAUUACAUGAGUGAGCUCAGAUUCCAAGGUCAAGGUAGUCACCCUGCCUAUGGCAGGAGGACACUGCAAGAUAAUAUAUCAAAGGAUGAGGGAGUCAAGAGUAUUUACAAAACAGCUGAAUAGUUUAAUUAAAUAAUUAAUAUUUAAACGUUAAAUAGACUUGAGAGUAAUUUUACCAAAGGCCUAAGCAUGAGAAAUAUGUUUGAUAAAUAUUAUUCUGGUCUGAAAACCCUGAGUGGGAAAACAGAACUAAUUCCAUCUGGAUGACCUUCUGGAAACUCAUUUUUUCAUUUUUUUAAAUUAAAAGAAAAUAAUUCCUUCCAACCCCAAUGGGUUUAAGUGUGUGUUUUUGUGUUUAUGAGCUUGUUAGCAAUAAAGUCAUAUAAAACUAUUGGUUAGCAGCAACCUGAUUUUAAGGCAUAUUGGCCUUCUUGUGGUUCCCAAGAAAACCUUGGAUGAUUUUGAUAAAAGGUUUGGGUUCUGUAUAUUUAAAUCUAGCAUUAAAAGAUAAAUCCAUAUUUAUACGAUCCUAGGUAUGACCAAGCUCUUUUAACAAUUUAGACAUUUACUGUAUGACAUAUGUAUUGGGUUUUAAAAUUUCCCUAUGAAACAACUGAAAAUGCUGAAUACAAAUUAUGGAGAGGUUAAACAAGGAAAAACAUUGCAAAACAAUGAAAAAGAAUAUGUCUUUUUUUGCAUACUAGCAAACGGGAAUUCACCUUUCACUUCAACAUCAGUUUAAAAAAUUUCAGCGUAUAGCAAGAACAGACAGUAGAAUAGGAUUCAAUUUCAGCUAUUUUGGGAAUAAGAAAAUUUUCCAUAAAAGCAGCAUUGAACUCAUCCAUUAGCAUAUGCUGGUGCUUUUCUGUUGACAUUAGUCAAAUAAUUUAGAAGCACAAAGAAUAUUAUUACACAUUUAGGAAUGAAGUGUAUAUCAAAUUUAAGGUCUAGAUAUUAAAGGAAUCACAAUCUGUGUUAUUAGGCCUGCAUUUUUCCUUUCUUUUUGUCUCUUCAGACAUGUUAAAAUUUCUACUUAUCAUUUUGUCAACUCUGUGUGUUUGCAUUCGUUCUUGGAAAUUUGUCUCCACAAAAAUGUUAAAAUUAGCAGGCUUGGUGGUGCAUGCCUGUAGUUCCAGUUACUUGGCAAGCUGAGGCAGGAAGGCAAGAGUAUCACUUGUGUCCAGGAGUUCAAGACUACAGCGAGGUAUGAUUGUGCCACUGCACUCCAGCUUGGGUGAGAGAGCAAGAGCCUGUCUCAGAAAAAAAAAAAAAAAAAAAAAGGAAAAGGAGAAAAGAAAUGGAAGUUUUCACUGGCCUAAAUAUCUAGUAACACAGGAUCAAAUCAGUAACUAACCAUCUUUGUUUUUUCCUGUCCCAGACAGGUAAAAUGGAAAGCAGUUAUACAAAUGCUAUACUAACUCCUCACAAAGACUACCCAAAGAUAAUAUUAUUAUCAUCUGCGUUUUUUGGUGAUCAUACUGAGGCAGAGAGCAGUUGUAAAAUGGAGUCUCAGAAUCGUCGCUAUAUGAAGCAGAAAAACUGGUUUCCUCUCUUGGCAGUGUGACUCCAAGAUCUCUUAGAAACAAUUAUACUGUAAAAACCUGAAAAAGAAGUAAAAAACAAGAUUGGAGACUAAUACUAACAUCUAUUCUUCAUAAUAGCAUAAUAAAAAAUAAAUUAAACAGAGAAAAUUAAAAGUGAAUAUUCAUCCCAAGGGAAGUCUAGAGUCUUCAAUGGAAAAUACAUAUUUUUUAAUAAGUGCCCAAGGAAUAUUUUAAAAAUUGCUGAAUAUUUUAAUUAAACAAUUCAUAUUUAAAUAUUAGCUAGAUUCGAGAGAAUAACUUAUUCAAAAGCUUAAGCACGAGAGAUAAGUUUAUAAAUAUUGAAAAUUGACUGAAAAAGGUGAGAGGGAAAAUAGGGCUAUUUCAACCUGGAUGACUUGCCUGAAAUUGAUUUUCCAUUUUGGAAAUUACAGGACAAUAAUUCCUCCCAUCCAUGAGGGGCGUGUAUGCAUGUGUGUGUUUGUGUUAAUGAGCUUGUUAACAAUAGACUUAUACAAACAUAUUAGCAGCAAGCAGAUUUUAAAGAGUAUUGGCCUUUUUGCACUUCCCAAGAAAACCCUGGAUUCUUUUGAUAAGAAAACUUUGGAUUCUCUUUACAUAAAUCUGACAUUUAAAAAAUCAAUCCACAGUGGUCAUGAUUCUAGUUACAACAAAGUUCCUUUUAACAAUUUAGAUAUCCAACGUAGGAACUAUGUGUUGCUUUUUAAAAUUUCCCUAACAACUGACAUUGCUGAACACAAAUUAUGGAGAGGUUAAACAAGGAAAAGUACUGCAAAACAAGGAAACAGAAUAUGUCUUUAUUUGCAUGCUAGCAAAUGAGAACUCAUUUUUCACUUCAACAUCAGUAUGAAAAAUUUCAUCUUAUAGCCAGGACAUAGUGUUUGAAUAGAAGUUAAUUUGAACCGUUUUAGAAAUUAUCAUGUUUUCCUUCCCUGGUGCUUUCCUGUUUGACACUGGUCAGAGAAUUUAAAAAGAACAAGAGCGUUAAUGCACAUUCAGAAAUCAGGUGCACAUAGAAUUUAAGGUCAGGACCUUAAAGGGAAUCUUAUCCAAUGAUAUUAGGCCUGCCUUAAAAAGAAUUCAGACAUGAUAUGUUGAUACCAAUCAUGUUUUCCACACUGGUAAUGGUAGAAUUUGUGUUUUACCAUGGACAGCUAUUAUUAAACUUAUAGACUAUUUUUAUAUUUUAAUAUUUUUUCUUUGUUUCCUUUUAGGAGUUGUUAAACAAUCCUGAAAUUUCCCCUACAAUAUGCCAUGAACUAAUCAUAUUUUCUCAAAGUCAUUUGACGUAAUGAUUGAUUAAAGGAAAUAUCUCCAGUAUAAUUACACUUGUUCAUAACAAAAAAGUAUUUGAAACUUCAAGAAAAAAUUAGAAAAAUUAAUAAUGAAAUAUGAACAAAUAAAUGUAUGAAAUAUAUAAUUAAUCCCUAAUAAAUGUGCAUGAAAUUAUAGUCAUAGAAUUAAUAGUGAUGUAAUUUUUCAACUAAAGAUGCAUUCUGAAUUAUAAUAGAAAAAGUUUUGUAAAAUGUUAAGUUUAAUAAUAUUUUAUUUAUUUUUGGGACAGUCUCACUUUGUGGUCCAGGUUGGAGUGCAGUGGUGUGAUCUCAGCUCACCGCAACCUCCGCCUCCGGGUUCACUCAAUUCUCCUGCCUCAGCCUCCUGAAUAGCUGGGAUUACAGGUGUGCAUCACCACACCAGGCUAAUUUUUGUUUUUUUAGUAUUUUUUGUAUUUUAGUAUUUUUUCACCAUCUUGGCCAGGCUGGCCUUGAACUCCAUACCUGAGGUUAUUCACCCACCUUGGCUUCCCAAAGUGCUGGGAUUACAGGCGUGAGCCACCGUGCCUGGCCAAGUUUAAUUAUAUUUUAUAUAAAUAUGAAAGUGCAAAAAUUAUCCUACUAAUUUUGGAGAGCAUAUGAAGCAGUGGGAAUUUUCAUACACUGCUCCUAGGAUUAUAAAUCAGUGCAAUUACUUUGUCUGAGUGUGACAUUAUUUGAAUAAGAUGAAGGAUCACAUCCUAAGACCCAGGAUUUGCACUCAUAUCAGAAUACAUAUACAAGUAUAUAUCGCUGAGUUUUAAUAGCUAAAGUUGAGAAGUCUCCCAAAUGACCAUCAGUAAUAAAAUGGAUAAAUAAGUUAUGACAUACUUACAGAAUGCUAUACAGCAAUCAAAAUGAACAAACUAGAGGGACAUGUUUACAAAGAAUAUAUAUGAAAAGGAAAGUGAAUAAAUUUGAUUUACAUGGAUAGCAUAGUAAUAUAUACAGAUAUAAUAGUAAUUAUUAACAUCAAAAACAUUCAAUAUAAUCACAUUUAUAUGAAAUUUGCAAGAAUAUUUUUGUAUUUUUGCAAAUAAGUUCUUAUAAUUGCUUGUAAAAGAAAUUAUACAUUCUUAUAAUUGCUUAUAAAAGAAAUUAUAAAUUCUUAUAGUUCCUUAUAAAAGAAAUUAUAAAUUCUUAUAACUCCUUACCAAAGAAAUUAUAACAUUUUAUAAAAGAAAUUAUAACUUCUUAUAAAAGGAAUUUUAAAUUAUUUUAAGUUUUUAUAAUUCUUAUAAUUUGAAAUAAAUUCUUAUAAUUUAUUACAUUGGUGGCAAAACUGUAAAGCGAAACAUAUAAGUGAUUAUCAUAACUGGGAUACUUGGGAGGGAGGAAACAAAAGGGAAAUCAUAUCAACAAGAAAGCAUAUAUGGGGAAUGUCUUCAUUGCUGGCAAAUUCUACUUUUUGACAAAAGUGUGGAAUAUGAGUGUUAAUGUUACAUUCUUUUUUCCUUUUACUGUGCAUUUAGGUUUUAUUGCUUUCCCUACAUAUGUUAGGUUCCCGAAUAAUGAAAAUAUUUUAAAAGCAGAAAUAUUAAGUAAAUUAAUGAAUAUAAAACUAGGCUGAAACAAUAUAUUCUUACAUGUAGCAUUGUAAUUAGAGUUUUGCUGAAUAAAGAAGAAUACAGCAUUAUAGUAGUAAGAAAUAGGGAUAAAAUUUUGUACUUUUAAAAAUCAAUUUAAAAAAGAAAGAUACAAGCAGGAAGUGUACAUCCACAUUCUUAUGCUAAUCUUAAUUUGAAACAAUAGAUUUUGAACAACUAUAUUGCAAUAGACUUUUUUCUUUUUUCCAAUUUAAUUAUUCAUGAUACACAUUUCAAAUUGGCCGCAAUUAGGGAAUUUUUCAUAAGGUACAAAUAUUAAAGUAUGUAGGACUAUAGAUAUUAACUGUAUAGGACAAUUUUUGCUACAUUUAUCCCUAAAAGAAAUAAUUAUACUCAUGUUGUUCCCAUUCAAAGAUCACAAUACUAUGCAUGUGCACAGCAUAUGUGUUGGGGAAAAUAUUUUGUUACCAUAAAUUUUUCAACUGUAUUAGAGAAGAAAACAUAGAACGAUAACUGUUAAGCUAUAAAACAUAUUUAGUGUAAUCUUUGAGUGUGCUUGUGUAUAUGUAGUAUUACUUUGACUGCUAUAGUAAAAUAACCCAGAUUUAGUGACAGUAGCUGAGAUUGUAAAUAAGUAGUUGAGAGAAUUUUGCCUGCUAAUGAUACUAUUAAAAGAUAAAAUACAGUUUGUAUGCUAUAUAAUUGUAUAGAGGAUUUGUAUAUAUGAAGUUCAUAUGAAAGUACAGUGAAAAUUAAACAGCCCAAAGGAGAAUACUCUUUAUUGUAGGGCACUUUUGUCAUGAUUUUCAGAAUGUGGUAAAAGAAAAAAAAAUAGCCAGUAAAUCAUUGGAAAUACAUUGGUUUUAACUUAUUCUUAAUGAAAUACUGUCUGAGGAUCUUUGUCUGUGCCUGAUGCUGAGAAUAAUAUAAGAAACAAGUUCAUGAGCCCAUCACCCUGAAACGUAGCACUUAGAAAACACAAUUGAAGUCACAUUUAUAGAAGAGCAUGGCCCCUUUUAACUGACAUUAUCAUCAUCACCAGUCAUCAUCUAUAUCUAUCUCAUUAAAUGAUUUAUUUUUGAAAUGUUUACAUACAUAAUUUGGAUAAUGUCUAAUAAAUGUUUAAAAGAUUAUUAUUAUGGGAAAGUUACAUUAGAAAACGGAAAAUUUCAAGUUGAACCAAAUAUAUUUAGAUUUAGAAAUUAAAUAUAGUUUAGUUUAAAAUACAUUGCUUAAGCAAAUCAUUAUAGAUAACCUUAAACUGAUCUUAGGACCACUAUAGGAAAGGUUUAGUUGCAGUGUUAAUAAAAUUCCUUAAUUAGAAAGAUAAAUAAGCCAUUUCAUGAUCAAGCUCUUACUUCUAAAGUGAAGAUUUUAUUUUAUUUGUUUUUUAACCUUUCCACAUUUUAUUGACAAAGAAUUAAUAGUAUAAAUUACGUUUAUAUUGCAAAGUUUAUUUAUGGAAAUUUGAUACGUGUACUUCUACUCCUUUUUACACCUUACAUGAAUAUUUAAAUAAUUGAUUUAUAACACUCCCUGAUGCCAGGUAAAGCAAAGACUAAUCGCAGUUCAGAAACUCACAUGUACAACAAAUUUAACUUUCUGGAUAUUUUUAAAACUCAGCUUAAUUUCCCUAGGUGCUCCAUUAACCCGAUGGCAGAAAGUAAAUCUCAGGCAACUCUGGGUUCUCCCACAAGCACACUUUGCUUCAGAGUUGUGCUGAAGUUUUGAGGAGGAUGGGAGGAGGCAAGGAGGUGUCCAGACCUUUGUGCAUCUAUCCCCUGGCAUUCUCCCAUCCUGCCCCAAGUCAUCAGCCCACACAGGUUGCUGGCACGUCUAAAGUGAGAAUUUUAGGAUUAAAUAAAUCAAAUAGAAGUAAGCCCUCACAUCUUCUAUAUCUCACCUGAUAGUGAAGAAGUUUGAAGGUACAGAGCUCCACUUCUGCUAAUAAAAAAAGAGUAAAAUUUAAUUUGUAAAAUAGAAUGGUGUAGCUAGGGUUGAGGUGCUAUAAUUUAUUUAUUGGAAUGGCAUCUUGAGAUCCAGCACAGCUCAUUGAAUUUCCCUGUGGGGAGAGUUUGUGGUGAAGACUCAUCAACAGACAAGCUGCUAUCCCCCCCCCAAAAAAAAAGCUACUAACAUCACAUCAAUUUCCAGGUUCUUCCAACUUGCGGAAGGAUGUGUAGACCAAGCUUUUAUUCUAUUUUGUGACCAAAGUCUUGGAAAAAGAAGAAAAUUGUUAGCAUUUUCAUGUCAAGAAUACGAAAAACAAAAAAAGCCAACCAACUGAACAAAGAACCCAACUUUUUUUAAAAAACUUGGUGGUAAGAGUACUUUGUUCUGCUUCUCCAUAGAUAAUGAUUUAUAGAAGGAGAACAAAAUAUUAUUUCUGCUACUAAAACAAUAAUAGCAAAAAAUAAAUAAUCAAUAUUGAGAAUCCAAUAGACAGAGUUAACAACCAGUUAGACAUAGGAGAAGAGAGAAUUAGUGAAUUGGAAGACAACUAUAAAGAAAGAAGCCUAAAAAGACCACAAGACAAAGAAUGCAAAUCUGAGAGGAUAAGAGGCAUUGAUGCUACAAUCAGAGCAUCUAACAUACUUCUGGAUUUCUGGAAGAUUAAAAGGGAUAAAAUAGGGCAGAAUCAAUGUUGUGGAGAUUUUCCCAAAAGUGAUAAAAUGUAUUAAUCUAUAUAUUUUUAGUAACCAUCAAAGGUCAGACAAGAUAACUAAAAACAAAUUAACACAAAAUGUCACAAGACAUCAAAGACCAGUAGAAAAUCUGAAAAGUAGCCAGAGGAAAAGAUAGAUUAUUUUAAAACGAACAACUUUCUAAAUGACAACCUGAUUUUCAACAGAAAAAUGGAAAGUAGAAUUCAAUGGAAUCAUGUCUUUAGUGUGUUUCAAAAGAAUAGAGGACCUUCAUAAACAGAAAUCCAAAUGAUAUUUUUCAGAUAAAAAAUAUUGAAAAUACAAGGUUAAGCAUGCAAGAAGGAAUAAAAAUUAACAGAAAUGAUAAAUGUGUGCAUAAUUCUAAAUGAAUGUUGACUGAAUAAAAUAAUAGCAUCUUGUUGAGUUAAAUAUAUUAUUGAUAAGAUAUAUGCAAAUAGCGAUAAAGAGACUGGAGGUAAAGGUGACAGGAACAAAUUUAGAUAAAUUAUUUUUUGCACUUUUCUAUGUCUGUGAGGAUAAUUUGAACACCACAUUUAAUGACCCCAUAAUAGGAAUUGCAUCAAAUGAUAUGUGAAAUAAUGCUCAUAGUAGUGUUAUUCAUAAUAGCUCAAAAAUAGACUGCCCAAAUAUAUAUUAACUAAGGAUGAUUGAAUGAUAUGAAAGAUUACAGUAAAUCCAUACAGUGGAACAGUAUAUAGAGGUGAAAAGAAAUGAAUCACAUGUACAUGCAACUAUGUGACUAAAUUUCAGAAACAUGAUAUCUAGUGCAAGAAGCCAUGAACAAGAAGAACACACAGGACUGCACCUAUACACAGUUCAAAGCAGGACAGACCAAGCUGUGGUGUUUAGGGUUGUGAACCUAGUUGGUAAAGUAUAAAGAAAUUCAAGCAAAUGAUCAUCAUAGAUUAUGAAUACUGCUUAUCUCAGGAGAUGUGAAUAAAGGUUUAGGGGCUUGGAAAGUGGCCUGGAAGUGGACCUAGUCUGUUUACAGUGUUCCAUGUCUUAUCCUGCAUGAUGGUUACAUAAGUGUUUAUGAUACAUUGCUCUUUCCUAUUUUUGUUUUGGCCCAUUUCUAAGUGUGCAUUAUAAUUUUAUUUAAAAAAUUACAAAUUAGGAGAAAUGUCACAUAAAAAUUAUUAAUUGCUCUGCUCAUUAUAUACCUAGGGGGAAAAUCCACCAUUUACAUACAUUCUUAUACAACUCAAGAGCUAAAGUGAAUUCUUAUUUUAGUUGCAAAAUGGAGAAAUUUGAGAUGCUGUUACCUACAGCCCCCAGAUCUUUCCAAAAGUUUUCUUCUAGUUUUAGAUAUUCACCUCAUAUUACAAAAACUUUGAUAUUUCCAACCUAUUUUUCCUUUGGCUCCUGAAUUUCUGACACAACAAGGGUGCACAUAUUUCUCAAACUCUUGGAUUAGCAGAGUACCUAUAUCACUUAGCUUUUUCUGCAAAAGAAACUUCUCCAAAACCACAUUAGAUAUUUAUAUCUCACAUGUUUUUGGAUUCUCUUUUCUUAAGCUGGGAUUUGGUGGAUGGCUCUGGUGAUUUGAGAUGGUCCAAGUUUUGCCUCUUGGAUCUAGUUAGAGUUUGGCUGAUUUAAGGCUGGAUCAGGCAGGGGCCAUAUGAUUCCAUGAGUUACUCAUUCUCAUUCUGGGAACAGUGUGUUAGUGUGGACAUGUUCUCAUGAUAAACGGAAAAGAACAAGAAAGCCUAAUGUGGAGGUCAUCUCAAAUUUCAGUGUAAAGUGUAGUAAUUUUCUGUUCAUCAAAGCAAAUUACAUGAUCGAACUCAGAGCCCUAGUGCAAGGUUGUCACUAUGCCUGUGGUUGGAGGACACUGCAAAAUUAUGUGACAAAGGUCUGGUACUCAGGAAUAUUUACAAGCUUGCAGGUAGCAUUACCAAAAGCCUAAGCGUGAGAGAUAUGUUUCAUGAAUAUUAUUCAUUGGCUGAAAAUCUGGCAUGGGAAAAAUAGGACUAAUUCCACCAGGACGAGCUCCUGGAAACUCAUUUUCCAUGUCAUAAGUUACAAGAAAGCAAUUCCUUUCAUCCUUGAAGAGUGAAAGUGUGUGUGUGUCUGUGUGUGUGUUUAAGAGCUUGUUAAUAGUGAUGCCAUAUAGAAGUAUUGGUUAACAGCAACCAAAUUAUAAGGAGUAUUGGCUUUCCUGUGGUUUCCAAGAAAAUCUUGGGUGAUUUUGAUAAAAAGUUUAGAUUCUGUGUAUUUAAAUCUGGCUUUAAAAAUAAAUCCAUAGUGAUUUUGAUCCUAGAUUUCACCAGGCUCUUUUAACAAUAUAUUUGUUGUGUCAUCUAUGUACUGGGUAUUAAAAUUUCCCUAACAACUGAAGGGCUGAACACAAAUUAUGGAAAGGUGAAACAAGGAAAAAAUUGCAAAGCAAUGAAAGAGGAUAUGUCUUUAUUUGAAUGCUAGCAAAUGAGAAUUCAGCUUUCCCUUCAACAUCAGUAUGAAAAAUUUCAGCCUAUAGCAAGAACAGAGACUGUAUGAAUAAGAAUUAAUUUGAGUUGUUUUGGUACUAACAGUAUUUCCCAUAAAGGCAGCAUUGAACUCAUUCAUUAGUUUAAGCUGGUGCUUUUCUGUUGACCUUGUUCACAGAAUUUAAAAGUAUAAAGAAUGUUAUUGAACAUUCAGGAAUCAAGUGCAUAUUUAAUUUAAAGUCUGAAUAUCAGAGGAGUCACCAUCAGUGACAUUAGGCCUGAAUUUUUUACUUGCUUUUUUGUUUAGACAUGAUGAGUUUUCUACACAUUGUUUUUUCCAUUCUAGUAGUGGUUGCAUUUAUUCUUGGAAAUUUUGCCAAUGGCUUUAUAGCACUGAUAAAUUUCAUUGCCUGGGUCAAGAGACAAAAGAUCUCCUCAGCUGAUCAAAUUAUUGCUGCUCUGGCGGUCUCCAGAGUUGGUUUGCUCUGGGUAAUAUUAUUACAUUGGUAUUCAACUGUGUUGAAUCCAACUUCAUCUAAUUUAAAAGUAACAAUUUUUAUUUCUAAUGCCUGGGCAGUAACCAAUCAUUUCAGCAUCUGGCUUGCUACUAGCCUCAGCAUAUUUUAUUUGCUCAAGAUCGUCAAUUUCUCCAGACUUAUUUUUCAUCACUUAAAAAGGAAGGCUAAGAGUGUAGUUCUGGUGAUAGUGUUGGGGUCUUUGUUCUUUUUGGUUUGUCACCUUGUGAUGAAAAACACGUAUAUAAAUGUGUGGACAGAAGAAUAUGAAGGAAACGUAACUUGGAAGAUCAAAUUGAGGAAUGCAAUGCACCUUUCCAACUUGACUGUAGCCAUGCUAGCAAACUUGAUACCAUUCACUCUGACCCUGAUAUCUUUUCUGCUGUUAAUCUACUCUCUGUGUAAACAUCUGAAGAAGAUGCAGCUCCAUGGCAAAGGAUCUCAAGAUCCCAGCACCAAGAUCCACAUAAAAGCUCUGCAAACUGUGACCUCCUUCCUCAUAUUACUUGCCAUUUACUUUCUGUGUCUAAUCACAUCGUUUUGGAAUUCUAAGAUGAGACCAAAAGAAAUUGUCUUAAUGCUUUGCCAAGCUUUUGGAAUCAUAUAUCCAUCAUUCCACUCAUUCAUUCUGAUUUGGGGGAACAAGACGCUAAAGCAGACCUUUCUUUCAGUUUUGUGGCGGGUGGCUUGCUGGGCGAAAGGACAGAACCAGUCAACUCCAUAGAUUCACAAGAGGUGCAUUGUGUGUUUUCUAGAAGAAAACAAAUUGAUGGUGUCUGGAACAUUUUAUAUUUCCCACAAGUUUUUCCGUAGUCUAUGUAUUUGAGUAAUUUCCAAAAGUUGACAUAGAAAAGUCUUUUACCUAAGUUUAUUAUAUAAAAGUAUAUAUAUAUAAUAUAUAUUUGCGUGUGUGUAUGUCUGAAUGUAUAUGAAAAUUUAAUAUUUACCAUAACAUACCUUUAAUCAACUUUUCAUAUAAACUGUUCAGUUAUACCAAAGUAGGAUAAGAAAUUUCUCAGAAUUAUGAACCCAUGUGUAUUUCACACAUAUAUUUUAUUAUAUGAUAUUUCAUUUGAGGAAUUUAUGAUCUCUAUUUAUAAUUAAGAACUGACAGCUUAUAUCAGAAAAUCAUUGCUGUUUUUUGUUGUAAUUUGUAUCAUGUAUAUGUACCAUAGUGUGUUUAACUGUUUAACUAUCAUUGUUUGAACCUCUAAUUUUUUGGAUGGUAAGGACAUUUACUUCUAAAUCGAUGAGAAUGUGUCUUUGGGGUAGGUUUUUUUGUUUUUUUUUUAAUCAUGAAUUCUUUUUUU